GCAGACGUCACACGAUGCUUGCCAACAACACGCGCAGCGCUUUCGUUGCUGUCUCAAAGCGACCGUUCGUAUGUCAGUCAUGCUUGCGCCGGGCUAAGCAACUGCUAUUGGCCUCAAGAUCUCUCCCUCUACGACCCCAGACGCGAAGCCUACAAACCGCAAGCCAACCGCCGGCGCACGACGAUACACCUUUUCGCAAAGCCCUCAAGGAUGCCGCCAAGCAACAGAAGAAAGCGUCAAAGGGCGGCAACAAAUCCAAGAAGCCUGUAGAUCCUCGAUUGGAGAAAUGGGAGUUGACCGUGGGCAUCGAGAUACACGCCGAGUUGAACACAGCGCGGAAGCUCUUCUCAGGCGCCGCCACGUCGAUCAGCGAGUCACCAAACACACACGCCUCCCUCUUUGAUGUCGCCUUUCCUGGGAGUCAACCACAUUUCCAAAGAGAAACCCUCAUACCUGCUCUACGCGCCGCCCUUGCGUUCGACUGCACAAUACAGCCAAGGAGUAGCUUCGACCGCAAGCACUACUUCUACCAAGAUCAGCCGAAUGGAUACCAGAUCACACAAUACUACGAGCCCUUCGCGACUGAUGGCCAUAUCAGGCUAUAUGCCCACGACUUCCCUGCUGGGUCUGCACCGGAAGGCUGUCCCAUCAAGAUUGGUAUCAAGCAGGUGCAGAUGGAGCAGGACACAGCCAAGACAGUGCAGCAACCGCCUUCGACCCACCUCCUAGACUUCAAUCGCGUCUCUCAUCCUCUGAUUGAGAUCAUCACGCUGCCCCACAUCCAUGACCCUCUCGUCGCUGCUGCAUGCGUCCGCAAGAUCCAGACAAUACUCAAGACUGUGGGUGCGUGCACAGCAGGUAUGGAGAUGGGCGGACUGCGUGCCGAUGUCAACGUCUCGAUACGCGAGAGGGGUCAGACGACAAGCGAGGGCGGUCUGUCAUACUCUGGCGUGACUGGCCUCGGACAGCGGACGGAGAUCAAGAACUUGGCUAGCGUCAAGGCUGUGGAAGAUGCCAUCAUUGCGGAACGUGACCGCCAAAUCGAGCUGAUCGAGGGCGGCGGAGCUGUCGAGGGCGAGACUCGCGGUUGGACCGUGGGCAGCAAGACCACCAAACGUCUGCGCGGCAAGGAGGGAGAAAUCGACUAUCGAUACAUGCCAGACCCAGACAUCUCACCGGUCUUCAUUGCUCAGGACCUCAUUGACCAUCUUCGAACAAACUUACCCGUGCUCCCUGAUCGAGUCGUUGACGUGCUGGUGCAAAAGUAUGGCCUGUCGGUCAAAGAUGCUGGCACACUUCUAUCUUUUGACAAUGGCGAUCGUCUGGAAUAUUUCUUCGAGGUCACAAAUCAGCUUUCGAGAGCUCGGGACAUCAGGCCGAGUGACGCUCAAUUUGCCAUGCUCGGCAAGGCGGUAGGCAACUGGGUCCUGAUGGAGCUCGGCAGCCUGUUCAAAGACGAAGAAUGGUCGACGGACCGCGUGCCACCCAAAGUACUCGUUUCCAUCAUCCAGCAACUGUUGGAGAAACGUAUAACAUCAAGGUCCGCCAGAAAGCUGCUUGCAGAAAAGUUUGAGGGUGACGAGCGGAACAUUGGCCAAAUUAUUGAAGACUACAACAUGCAACUACGGCCGCUCUCGCCCAAGGAGUAUCGCAGUCUUGCCCAGACCCUGUUGAACGAGAAACCAGACAUGGUCAGGGACAUUGUGGAAAAGGGCCAAGAUAAGAAGCUCAUGUGGUUCGUUGGGCAGAUGAUGGCGAGGAGUCCAGAAGGAACGGUGGAGGCCGAUGUUGCUGAAAAGACCCUUCUCGAGCUUCUACCAAAGAAGGCAGAGUAACCUAGUCGGUAGGUAUCAAUUCAUUAUUCCAUCACGUCACCAGCCAUACUUUGUUAUCAACCUUUCGUUCCCCUUUCUGUUGUUGAGGAACCCUCAGACCCUGAUCCAAUACUGCCCUGAACGCCUCGCUAUGGUCACAUAAGCCUUACGGGGCUGACCCGUGCUAUUGAGGGCAGUUAGGCGAGUGGGUGAGUCUUCGUCAACGCUGCGUACUUUCAGGAACAGAUUCCUGCUGCUUGUCUCCCUGGAAGCAUCGCAUCCAACCAAGCACAAUCAUUCACAAAGGCUAAGCUCGAAAUCACACACAUAUCGUAUCCUGGACGUAAUUCGAAACGUCGCAGCGAGCUGUUUCGUUAACAUGCAGAAGAAGAUCGAUGGCUGGAAGAAGAGUCUCGGGCGCACGGUGGGGCGGAGGAUUGAUCGAGAGGUCGCGGUCGAACUGGAGAAAAAGGAG